UAUGUAGUAGCUAAAAAUAUGCAUUUCCGGCUUGUGUAUCAUUAACAAAUUACGUUGUAUAUUCAACAACAAGACAAGACAAGCACACAUGUACUAUUGUAGACGUCCAAUUGCGAUGUAAUUGUUGUAAGAUGUAUUAUUGGAUUUUUUGAAUGCCAAGUUUCCAAAUAUUUGAGUUUGGGACCGGAUGUUACGGUUGUAUUAUAGCUAGCUUGGCUGGUCGCUCAAAUAUCUGUUGGCAACAAAAUCCGUCUGUGUGGACGCAAAUUAAACACAAUUGUGCACUAAAUGGGAAGAUAUAAAUGUGCCUACGACUGCGAAAGCGCCAGCAAGUCAGAUGUGAAGUAUUUUAAAUUUCCCCUCUACAAUCCCCGAAAGCUCAAGAAAUGGCUUCUUAACAUGAAGCUGAAGGACUGGACCCCGUCUCGCUUCUCGGUGCUGUGCAUCAAUCAUUUCGAGGAACAAUACAUUGACAGGACAGGCAAAUGUGUGAAACUCCGGGACGAUGCAGUUCCCACCAUAUUUUCAUCCCCUGGCAGUACACAGAAAAGAGAGGCUUCCAGUAACCCAAGAAGUAAGAGAUUCAAGUCACCCGGUGUCAAAGCCUCACAGACGAGUCCAGCUCAGUCUCCAACGAUCCAUCCUGCUUUAAAGAGAAGUGUCCAAAGCCAAGAGCCCAGCCAAACGGAGGACGAGCCCGCCGGGGACAAAGACCCCAAAAAGUCAAAUGACAAAUGGAGGAUUAUCGUCGAUGAAGGGCUGAUGAAGAUAGAGUCAUUUCCACACUUCUUCCAUGGAGACUACUGUGCACCACGGGAUAUUCAGUGGGCUCCAGAUGAUGAUUUGAGUACGGACUGUGAAGAUCCCGAGAAGGUGAUCGAGGUGCAGGAGCCGUGGCAGUGGCUUGGUCUGGACGUCAGAGGGCCGCUGCCCCAAACGCUGAACGGACACAAGUACAUCUUGACUGUGACGGACUACUUCUCCAAGUGGGUGGAAGCUGUGCCGAUGCAGUCGUCCCUCCCUUCGGAUGUAGCGAAGCACAUCGUGGACGUCAUCGCCCACUUCGGAUACCCGAUCAGGAUCCUCUCCAGACUGCCUCAUGACAUAGUUCACAAAAUCAACAGAGAACUGAAAGAUCAGCUGAAGGUCACCGUCGCUCUUGUCGUCUAUCAUCAGCAGACGGGUACUGUGGAUUUGAUCACACAGCAGCUGAUUGACAGGAUGGUAAGUGAUCUCAUCAAGGAGCAUGAGGCUGACUGGGACAUCUACCUGCCUGCCAAGGUUUUCAGUCUGUGUUUCAAAGAGCAUUCAAAGACUCAGCAAAGGCCCUUUUCAGUGCUCUGCUGUAAGGGACUGCAGCCCGUCCAAUCCCCCAGAGGACUGCAUUACGCUUAUACCAAGAUCCGAGAGAGUGCUUUCGUGGUUAGAUAGAUAUCUAAAGUUUAUUUGGUUAAUCGAUAUGGAAUUUAAAUUGGGCUUGGUUUUAUUAACAAAAUGGUGAGGAAGAGUAUUUGGCUUUAUCGAGGAUUGUCAUGGAAAGAGCUGGACUUCUUGAGUCCUUUAUGGCCGCAGUGGGAAUGUGUUCCUACAUCAUCGUUCUCUCUGCCAAUGACUCAUCGCCAUGUCUGUUCAAUACAAAUUAUGUUUUGUACUUCAAUGAAUUGUCUUGACUAUGCUUAAAGAGCAUAAUCAUCACGACCAAGCUUUAGAAAAGAGAUGAUAGUUUCUGCUUGAACCAUAUGGGUCUGUUUUAAAUCAGGAUUUAUUUGUAUUUAAGGCUGCUGUGCCAGAAUUAGUUUUUGUUCCAUUUGUAUACAAUGUAAAUAAAUAACAAAAUAUUGUUUUGAUUAUGUAUGCAAUAUGAAAAAAGUAGACAAAUAAACUCCUGUGUAAUCAAUUUGUCAGUA